AUUCGGAACAUACCGUGAAAUAUAUCGGAGUAUCCUCGGGAUUUAUAUGGCAAACAGGAAAGCAUGUCAAUGAAUCUGAGAGAGGAGAUAGCAAAAUUAACAACCCCAGCUCCUGUUUUCUGUGAUCCAGAAAACGAUUUAGAGGAUGUUACAGCAGCAAAGUUAACAGAGAAGACUGAAGAGAAGGAUGAGUUCGCUCCCUUGCCAGCUACUAAACUCCGACAGAGAGCAGCUGCAGAGUCUGUAAACAAUGAGAAAAAGUACGCGGGACGAAAAAUAUCACGGCAGAAGCUCUUAGACCUUGACUCAGAUGUCAGUGGAUCUGAGGAGCAAAGUGAGAGUGAAUCAGAACAAGAAGAUGACAGCUCUCUUGGUGAAGAGGAUGUAAUGAAUGAUAAAGAAAAUGAGGAGAAAGAUGAAGACUCAGAGGAGUCAGAUGAUGAAUCUGAGUCUAUGGGAAGUGAGGAGCCCAGGACAGCAGAAGAAGCAGAGGAGGAGUUGUCUGCCCUUGGUUCAUUUAAAGCCAAGAUGGCAUCAAGCUCAGAUCCCCAGGGUGCUGGUCAAAAGUUUAGUUUUGUAGAUGACGGGGAUUACAGUAAGUAUUAUGAUUCUGAAGAUGAGGCUGAGGAUCAGAGUGACGAGGAUGAUGAUGAAGACACUGAUGAUAAUGAAGAAGAAGGAGAUGAUGAUGAAGAAUCAAUGGAGGAAGACAGAAAAAGUAGAAGAAGGUGAGGAGGGGUUAGCAGUUUCUCCAAGUCAAGACUGAACGAGGAGAUCCAGAAAGGAGAAGCAGCCAGGCAGCAGUUAGGUCUUUGGGACAGUUUACUAGAGGGAAGAAUCAAGUUUCAAAAAAUACUGACAGCUGUUAAUCAACUUCCACAACCUGACACCUGGAGGGAUUUUGAGAAAUUAGGGGAAGAUAACUUCAAGGAAAAGUCUAUAACAGUGCAGACAGCUUUGGAGAAUCUUCUUCAGAAACUGAUCCAGCUACAGUCAGUCCUUCUUCUACAGAACUCAGAGACUCAACACAUUGAGUCAGGACAGCAGAAACCAGUGAAGAAGACAGACGACCCGGAUGAUGAGGAGAUAACGAGUGAGUCAGACUCGGAGGAGACAAAACAGACAGUGGAGAAAUCAAAGGGGCAGAAUAAAGCAAGGAAACGGAAACUAGCAAUGGAGGAAAUACCUGACUUCCUGGCCAAGAGACAUAAAGACUUCCAGAAUUACAGAAAUGAUACUCUCCAGAAAUGGUUUGACAAGACUCGGUUACUUGGUGGUAAAAUUUCCAGUAAAUCCUUCAAUGCUUUUGAACAGUCAGCCCUGAAACAAAUAGAACAGGUGUUGAGUGAUAGAGACAGACUGAUUAAGAGGACACAGAUGAAGCGGGCCAGUUAUAAGGUUCUGGGGAAACCUGAGGAACCAGAGACAGCUGUCAAUCAAGAUCAAGAACCAUCGACAUCAGAACAAACAUAUGAUACAGAGAUUUUUGAUGACAGUGAUCACUUAACACAAGUUUAUCUAGAGAGUAUACAUAUCAAUGAUCCCAUAGCCCUCAGCAGGCAAUGGCUAGAAAUACAGAGGUUAAGAAAUAAAGUGAAGAGAAAAGUAGAAACUAGAGCUUCUAAAGGAAGAAAAAUCAGAUAUCAUGUACAUCCUAAACUGGUCAACUUUAUGGCUCCUAAAGAGAUAUGUACCUGGACAGAUGAAGCAAGAGAUGACCUGUUCAAGUCUUUAUUUGGACAAAGAGGGACAACGACAACAUCCUCAGACGAGAGUGCAGUAGGCAGGUGAUGUCACGACUCCCUACAAAAUCAGCUACAACAGUGAUGAAAAAUGUCAAUCUAGAAAACCAAGGGACAGUGAUAAAUUCUUGGGGAAGCUUUUUAAAGACACUUUAUGAAGAUUAUCCCAUUUAUUAUGAAAUAUUCUGUUUAUUAUGCCAACUUUCAUUGAUGAAUAUUUGAGAAAACUUUAGAUAUUGAAAUCUCUACUGAAAGGUAUUGUGAAGAAACAAUCUAAUACUGCCUAUUUUUACAUAAAAAUUUUGCCCUCAAACAAGGCAAAUUCAUGAAAAAGAGCAGUAAUGCUGUAACAGAACUGUCAUCUGUGUCACAGAAAAUUUAAAAGGAGGUAGAAUGUAAUGUAACUGUUAAAGGAUGGAAAUAACUUGA